GAUAUGUAUUAUAAAAAAUAAGGUUAACUUAAAAGAUAUUAUUGGUUAAAUAAAACAGGUUAAAUAACGUUGAAUUAUAUCUGAGUUUUUUUCUUGUAGAAAUUCUUAAUCAUUGCUUAUAUCAUAAAAUAACAAUUAUUUUACACAUUGUAUCCGAUUGUAGAGCACGUGUUAAAGACAAUUCUAUGAAAUAAAUACAAAAUAGAAAAAGAUGGGAGGAUUGAUAGCUAAAUUAAAACGACCACUGCGUAAAUUUAACAUAGAAAAUCGUGCAAAUGCUGUUCUUUCAAGAAGUAAACCAAUACCUGCCCCUAAACCUGCUGCCUCAAUAAAGCAAUUGCAAUUAGCUCAGGAAUUAAAUCCAGAAUUCUUGAAGGGUCAUAAUGAAAAGAAUUUAAAACUCGAUGAACAUUUAAAGAAUGUUUAUGUAACAUCCACAGGACCAGAAACGGAUACACUGAAUCAACCUAAUCCUGAUAGACCGUUACCAGUAUCAAGAAUCACCGAACACUUUGAAUUUGGAUUUUAUAUACCGGACUCAGUUCCAAUAGGAAAAAUAACUUUGAAAGAUAUAUUUCAACUUUUUAUUUUGUAUAAAGAAGAUUCUGUAAAAAAUACUUCUGAUAUUUUAGCAAAAAAAUAUAAAUUAGACAAAGAAACAGUAGACAAAUUAUUAGAAUAUUAUAAGCUAUAUCAGUUGAUAUUACCUAAACGUGAUGAUGGUAAAAGUUCUACACAACAAUUAACACAAGAAGAAUUACAAAAAUAUCAAGAAGAGAAGGAAUCGAAUGAACUUAAUGAAAUAAGAAAUAAAUUACUGAAAUAAAAAAAUUACAUAGCACACAUUACUGAAAUGUAUAUUAUACAAUAAAAUUGUAUCGAAA